AUGACCAAGCGGAACUUGGGGUUUGCGACAAACGUAUUUGGACCAUCUCGUCAAGACAAGAUGCUUACAGCCAACGUGGAGCCAAUUCGGGAAGAGCUAUUGGCUGCCUUUGGUCCGCAAAUCUCAUCGCGUCCUGAAGUUCUAGACCGGCUCGUCACAUAUGCAAAGAUCUUUGAUGUGGAGGCCGAGGAUUUACAUGCCAAGUGGGAGGCAUACACUCUCACUCCCGCAGCGCAGAAGUCUGACGAUGACCUGACGCUGCCGACGCUUGCUCACCUGGACGAACUACAAAGUGUGUUGUUGCGAAAGCAAGAGGCCGAAAAACAUCAGGCCCUCUUAGGAACAUCUGAUUCGCUGCUAAACGUGAAGGAGGUCAAUCCGUUUGUGGAAGGCACAAUGUUCACGAGUGACUCGUUACAGAGCCUCUUGGACGAUAAAGGCGCAGAUAUUCUUGGAAGCUUUCGAACGCCAGGCAAAGCUAGGCGAAAGAUUGUGCCUAAGGAUGCAACAGCGUUGAGUGGGAGUGGGGCCGGGCCACAUCCAGCCAAGAAAUAUCCUUCUCAGCCAGUAGGGGCUACCAUGCCAAAGACACCAGCAUCAAGCGGACGCUUUGAUAAGACGCUCAACGUUGGAAAUUCUCCUGCCUCAGCGCGUUUCUAUGGAGCAUCUCCUAGCACCCCUAGUGGCAGAGAUAGUAUACCAUUGUCCCCACGGGGACCAUCUCCGAACGCCAUAAAGUUUGCGGAUAGGCUCAACAAAGCAAAGAAGGAAGAAACUUUAAAUGAUCAUGUACCGAUGGUUGCGUCGUCACCCGAAGAUCCAGUGAGAUGCGAAAUUUCAUUAGUUCCAGGCCAGCAAACCAGCGGUUAUCGAUAUAUGUACGAGAAGUUGAUGGAAAAGGGCGACUACUUGGAUGAGCGUAUUGAUCAAUUUGCAGAGCUUAUUGUAGAAGCGAUUCGUGAAACUCUACCAGAGGAAACCCGAAACGACUUCCAACUGCAGCAUCCUGGUGUGCCAAACCAGGAUCCGAUUAUAACCGUUGGCCGAGUCUGUUGCGAUUCGUUAGUGGAAAAUGCGAAAUUGAAUGAGCAGUCUAUUCUGCUAGAAUCAUCGCGUGCCAUGGGGGCUGGGUGCCGGGUAAAGCUAAACUUGAACGAGAUCCCGGGUUUCACGAUGUUUCCUGGCCAAAUUAUUGGUGCGGAGGGAAUGAAUUCAAGUGGAAGACUACUCAACGUGUCCAAACUAUACCAGCCACCACAUCCUCCUAAAGCAACCUCAACACCGUCACAAAUCGUUAAUUUCUACUCAGAGGAGGGCACCGUUUCUAAGCGCCCUGUUAACGUCUUCAUCGCGAAUGGUCCAUAUACCCUGGACGACAGUCUGAAUUAUGAGCCAUUUGAAGAGUUUGUGACUCAAAUUUCGAAAGAAGCUCCUGAUGUCGUCAUACUACAAGGACCUUUUGUCGAUGCGUCGCAUCCUAUGAUUGCGCAAGGCGAUCUUGACGUUGACAUUGAUGAGUUAUUUCGAGUGCAGAUUUCCUCCCGACUUGAACGUAUAAUACAGGCAAGGAAGCAUCGUUCGACCAAAGUAGUUUUGAUCCCUUCCACGCGAGAUGCCUGUUCAGAAUGGGUAUCCUUCCCUCAACCGUCUCUUGCAGCAGGAUUGACUGACCAGGAGUCACGCGAACGUCGUAGAGUGUUGGGCAUUCCAGGCGAAGUGAUGCUCUUCCCUAAUCCAGUGCAAUUUACGAUCAACGAAACAGUGUUUGCUUGCUGUAGCACAGACAUCCUCUGGCAGAUGUGCGCUGAGGAGGUUGCCCGGGUACCGAAACAGCAGCAAGGGUCGAACGAUGCGAAUGGGAUCUCCAACCACAAGAUAACACGCCUGUUCCAACACAUGCUGAGCCAAGGAAGCUUCUAUCCACUAUUCCCGCCAGCUCUGGACGAUGCUUGUUUGGACCUCUCGCGAUCAAAAGCGUUGGAACUGCAAGCAACUCCAGACGUCUUAAUUGCUGGAAGCAGAUUACAGUAUACCGCACGGAAAGUGAACGGUUGCGUAUGCAUAAAUCCAGGAUUGCUUGUGAAGGGGCGAGGAGGUGGUACAUUUGCCAAGAUGUGUAUCUGGCCUUUAGAUUUGGAUGGAAUUAAGACGUUGGUUAAAGAGAAGACUACCGACUCCAUGGAUGUCGACGGGGAGGAUGAAGAAGACAUAGCUAUCGCCCACGCUGUUGAAGAAAGAUGUAGAGUAGAAAUUCAAAGAAUUUGAUAGUGUGUUUCAUAUGUGCCAACCGAGAGAACAAUUAAACUGCGGCUGCCAGACUUCCUGAUGUUCCUCGAUCAAACAUUCUUAAAUGUUGCUUAUACUCUUUCGUUUCUCGCGGCAGCAUACCAGAACCUUGUCGCCAGCGGAGAUCAAUGACAUGCGCUCCUCCUCUCGACUAGUGACGUGUGGAGAGGCUUCGCAAUAUGGUUACUAGACGGGGUGUAAAGGAACUCCCGCCGCAGUAUUGAAGAAUUCAAAUGUAUAAAUUGUUCUUUUUUGAUAUUCAUUGGUACUAAACACAUAUAUUUUAUGAAAAAAAUCAGCUAUAUCGAACUCUUUGGCAUAUUUUGGAGAAUUACAAUCCAUCAACGCUCAACGCCGGGAUCUACCACUUGUAUCCCAAUUUGCCACCGUCAAU